GCUGACAUUGCCGGCAAUUAUGAAAAUAAUUUGUUUUAAUUCGGCGACCCCAUUAAUUAUAACGUUUUGUGGAAGUUUCUAUUCCACACUAAAACCAUUUGAGAUCCAUAGUUUAAACUAUCAUGAAGUCUACUUAACUGUUUUUUUUGGUAUUUAAAAGUGAUUUUUUAUAAAAAGUGAAAAUUUUGUGACUGCAAUAUGAAGUGGAUUUUCUAUGUGCUAGUAUUUAUUUACAUGUGCUAUAGGACAGUUUAUGGGAAAAUACUGCCCACACUUCACAGGGAAACCCAGAGUAUAUCGAUUGAUCCGAUAGAUUAUGGACUAAAUGAAAAUUACUUCCGAGUCGGAGAACGAAUCACUCUCGUUUGUAAGGGUGGCAGCAAAAGUCAAAAGGUUGAAUGGGUAAAUCCAGAUGGCGAAGUAGUUCAGCGUGACAUCCGAAACAGGGUGUAUGCGCAGGAGCACUUUGUGGCUUCCCAUAAAGGCCGUAUGCCCGCUUUACUCCUGGUCUUGAGCCACGCUGAUGUAGAGGAUACAGGAGUAUGGCAGUGCCGUUCGGGCGCGUCGGACCACUUAAUUAAUUCUGGGGACACCGUGAGACAAGUUUCUCUCUGUAUUAUAGAGCCAGCAUCUUUCGUCGACACUCUCACGGAAGUGACAGUAGACCAUGGUCGGUCUAUCACCCUAUCUUGUCAGGCGAGGGGCGAACCGGAACCACGACUGGUGUGGUACAGGGAUGGAGAAAUCAUUACAGAUGACCCAAAUUCGUCCAAAUACGGGUUAAUGACGCAAUACCACAGUCAAGGGUUUACUGGUCUCCUCACGAUCCUGUCAGUUGAGAGCGAUGACAGCGGAGAGUAUGAUUGUGAAGCCAUUCAGGAGAGUCCACGUAAUGAAGCAUGCUCUGCGAGAAUUAAAACGAACAUAACCCUCCAUGUGAACCACCCUCCAGAGUUUCUCGGUGGCAAUGAAACGGCACUGGUGGCAGCACAAGAGAAUAAAAGUGUGGAUUUAGUUUGUGCCGCACGCGCAUAUCCAACCCCGACUUAUAGAUGGUUUAAAGAAGUUGGCGAUAUACUCUCCGAGUAUCCCAGGGAUGUUAUAGCAUUACGAUAUAAUGAAGAAGAAGCUGUGAUCACAGUAACAGCAAACUCUUCUACAUUUGGCCACAAGUUUCGAUGCAGAGCCACGAAUGAAUAUGGAGAGGCGGAUAAGGUUUUCUCUCUAAUAAGCUUAGAACCACCCAGGAAACCAGAUGAGAUAGAGUUACAACAUAGUAAUCACGAGCAACUUCAGUUUUAUGCAAGCUGGGAUAGCGAUGUAUCUUUUCCUGUGGACUAUAUGACAGUCCAGUAUAUAAAAAAAGAUUCGUUAAGGAAGAAAAGUAUGCCCAGAGAAAUUGACUGGAAAAAGGCAACGGAACAUGAUGUUAAAAUAUCUUAUGACUUGAUUAAUGAAGAGAAAUCAGGUUUUGUCGUUCUACUGCUUGAUUUGGAGGAAGAAACAGAUUACUGGGUACGGAUGCGCGCUGUCAACGAAGCGGGAACCUCUCCUUGGACUAAACCCAUUCCAGUUUCUACUACUGCGAAAUCCGAGGAAGAUAUAGAAGAAACGCCUGAAGAAGAAUUAGAUGAGGACGAAAAACCAAAAACUUCGGCCCUUUCCGAUAGCACUUUUUACGGAGUAUUUUUUGCGGGCGGUAUUGUAGUGAUAGCUGUUGGAUGUACGCUUAUAAUGAAAAUGGUCUAAAGUCAUUUUCGAUCAAAAAAGGCUGAUGUUCUAUAAAUUUUUACAGUGAUUUUCAGUUUACUAUAAAAUAAGAUGAAACAGCCUGUGAUUUCAUUUUGAGUUCGUAAACAUUUUUAUUUUUCCAUGCAAAUUGGAAUGUAAAGAAGCGUAAAGUGACUUUGAUUGUAAUAAGCCAUACUUUAUAUAAUAAACGGAUAUCUAUUAAAUCAUAUCAAAUUUU